AUGCGCUGGGGCUCUACCUAUCUCAUGCUCGUGCACGCACUCCGCCUCAAGCACAUCAUCAUCAACUACAUCAGGCACGCCGAUGGAAUGUCCGAGAAGGCUGCUGCCGGCCUUCAGGCCCUCACCAUCACCGAAUCCCAGUGGUUGGCCCUGGAGGAGCUGCGCGACUUCCUCCAGCCCUUCCACUCCGUCACCCUGGCGGCGGAGGGUUCGUCGUACCCCACCAUCUCAAGGGUGGUCCCGCAGUUCAACGAACUGCUGGACAGCCUUGAGCGGCUUCGGGACCGUGUUUAUCCCCCCACCUCCCAAAUCAUGAAGGUGUGCGUCGAGGUGGCGAUGGAGAAGCUGCAGGAGUACUACGGUAGCAGCAAGGAUGAGCUGUGGGUGGCCACCUUCCUGGAUCCGAGCUUCAAGAUUGGCUAUUUCCAGAUGGGGACCGAGGGGAUGGGGGAGGAAGAGGGGAGUGGACAUGUGGUGGGUGCACAGCAUGUGGGGGCCAAUCAGAUUUUGGAGUUGGUACGAGAGAAAGUGCGACCGUACAAGGAGAAGGCGCUGGAGGCAAAGAGGAAGCGGGAGGGGACUGGUGGAGGUGGUGGGGCCGGCCGCGGAAGGGGGGAGACCGGAUCAGUUGGGGCCAGCAGCAGCAAUGGCCGACAAGGAGGAGGUGGGGGCAGCAGAAGCGGCAGCAGGCUUGCCACUGAUGUCUUCGGUGGCGCUGUGGGGGACAAGAUGUGUUUGGUGGCGCGGCUGGCGGCUUUUCGCAGCCGACAGGAGCAAACAACUCGCGAUGAGGUGCAGAUCUACAUCGAUGAGCAGAUGGAGCCGUUGGAGUUGUGUCCGCUAGCGUACUGGCGCCGCCGGAACGACCUAGAGAGCCUACAGGCGAUGGCCCUCGAUUACCUUGCCAUCCCCGCGACCUCGGCUGCGAGCGAGCGCACGUUUUCGCAGGGCCGCAACCUCAUCACCUGGCAGCGGCAUAGGCUCGGCCCUGAGCGCGUGGAAGCAUGCUUCAUUCUCAAGUCUUGGGUUGACUUGAAACCCGGGUGCAAGCUUGGGAAGGAGGCAAAGGAUCUGCAGGCCAAGGCGGAGAAGGAUGCCGUGGGUCUGGAGAUUGAUGACGAGUGA